AUGAAGGCUGCUGUAGAUGGAUGUAAGUUAGAUUCUUUUCAGGUCGCCACCCUGACGCUGGCCUGUUUUUACCCACAGCACAGAUCCCUGAUCUUUGCCGUGUAUGGUGGUUUGGCCGUCCUGGUCACAAUGGGCUGGACCUUCAUGGCUCUGGUGCUGUCUCACUGCAUCAUUCUCUACAGCAUUGCUCUGGUGAAAAAAAAAUGGGUGUGUUUUGCUGCUGGUCUGAGCACGCUGGCCUCCAUCAAACUGGAGCCUUAUAACUCCUGGCAGGAGAACUUGGUGACUGGUUCGUUCAACCUGCAGGACAUUCUGUUCUAUGGAGGCUGUGGCUUCAGCAUCAUGCGCUGUAUGAGUUUUGCUUUAGAGAACUGUGACAGGAAGGAAGGGAACUACUCAUUCUCCGACCUCCUGAGAUACAACUUCUACCUCCCGUUCUUCUUCUUUGGACCUAUUAUGACUUUUGAUCGUUAUCACGUUCAGGCAAACAACACUCAGCUGACCCGAAAGGAGAGGGAGAUGUGGAACAUCACCACCAAGGCCUUGUUGCAUCUGGGGGUGAUUCUGGUGGUGGACGUUUUUUUCCACUACCUUUACAUCCUAACUAUACCCAGUGACAUGAAGCUGGUGGCCAAGCUUUCUGACUGGUGUCUGGCUGGACUAGCUUAUUCCAACCUGGUGUAUGACUGGGUAAAAGCAGCUGUAAUGUUUGGUGUCAUCAACACCGUGGCCACUCUGGACCACUUGGACCCCCCCCAGCCUCCCAAGUGUAUCACCAUGCUCUAUGUUUUCGCUGAGACGCACUUUGACAGAGGCAUCAACGACUGGCUGUGCAAGUAUGUUUAUGACUACAUUGGUGGGGAUCAUGAUAAGAUUUUUAAAGAACUUCUGGCAACAGUCUCCACUUUUGCAAUCACUACCUUGUGGCUGGGCCCAUGUGAACUGGUUUAUAUCUGGUCUUUUUUCAACUGCUUUGGCCUAAACUUUGAGCUUUGGGUGGCCAAGUUCUUCUCCCUUCCACCAUUUUCCAUCAUGGAGAAUGCCAUGGGUGAGGCCAUGUCUCGCAGGAUCAGGGGUGUGUUCAACGCUGCCAACUUCUGGGCCAUUGUCCUCUACAACGUCCUCUCCUUGAACAGUUUGGAGUUUGCCAAAAUGGUGGGCAGAAGAUUGAUUUUCAAAGGUUUCCCUCUGUCCACCCUGUCGGUGCUGCUCGUGACCUACUGCGGUGUGCAGCUUGUGAAGGAAAGGGAGCGACAACAAGCUCUGCUGGAUGAUCCGGAGCCAGUGCAGAAAGUGGACGGUGCCAAAGAAAAAGCAGAAUAAUCAAGACAAAUAGAAAAUAUAUAGGUUUUUGGACUUUAUGGUAACAUUGUUUGGUCCUCUGAACCAGAUUGUGACAUCCAGUCAGCACCAAUAAUUCGUUACUAGUUGUGUUUCUGCUUGCCAGAAAAGAGAUAUUUUGAAUUGAGACUUAACCAAAAGUGCUCUUGCUGCAGAUAAUCGCCAAAUCCUUUAGCACAAAUUCACCGAUGGCGUAUUUCUUAUUCGUACUUUAUCUGAACAAAAAGAUUAUUAAAGAGAUAACGAGUCCGUAAACAAAAGUACAGCAUAGAUUAUGCCAUUUAUUAUUAAUAUUAUGAAUGAACAGCUACUUCUUUCUUUGUGGCUGUAAACUGGUUUACUUUCAAUUCUCCUCAAAUUUGAACAUUCUUGUCUUUUAUCACCUUCAUUAUUGUUGAUUUUAAUCGGAUGUCUUUAAUUGUUUUCCUUAGAUUCUUUAGUUUGUAAUAGUAAUUCUGAAUCACACUGAAAGGAAUAAAACUUGAAAACACUCCCCAAAUGGAGUGCAAUAAGGAAAACAAACAAGGGGUGUUGUGGGGAUCCUCCACAAAGCUUGCAGCUGAUUGUAUUGUAUAGGGGAUAGUCUACUGUAUUUAAUACGUCAAUAGAUGUUUUAUUAUGUUGAAUGUAUAGCCGAGUUACUGAUGACUGUACAGGAAGUGAUUGCCUUCCAUCCCUGCACAGUUUCCAUAUGACAUUACUGAGGCCUGUCAGCGUUUCGUCCCUUCGUCGACAGAGUCUCACUUUGCAAUGAAAGUUAAGCCUAACAGGAAGUAUGUGUUCCUCAUAUCCCGCCAUCGGGAGACCAUGAUGCCUUUUCUCAUUCAAGUGUUUUCAAAAUAAAUUGACUUGAAAUAAAGUUUUAUUUCAUUUA